CUAACGAACUAACCCCACAAAUUAACAUCAACGAAGGUUCCUAAUUUCACGGCAAAAAUGCAGGGGAUAAACUUACUUAACUGCCCUUAUUGUCUCUGCAUCUGUAGGAGUAUACAAGCAGGGAGUAUUGUGUAAUUUUGUCCCUUUCUGACACUGUAGGCGUAGGGCCUUUGUGGCUAUAAUAAUUGUUUUCAUGUGGUUAGUAUGGUUCUGAUGGUAGUGGGCAUUGAAUGGACAAAGGAAAGAGGUGAAGAUUGCCAAUCCUGUUUGGUAUGCAAAUUGAUAGUCAGGCAGCAUUGAAGUGGAGUACUGAAAGCUCAAAUAGCUCCAUUUUUCAAUUUGUGCCCUUAAGGGUAGUUAAAGUUAUGCAGACUCCAAAAGGAAGUAGAAGUGGCUCCUCAGAAGCACCGCAGAGAUUCAGUCCCCGAGCACGCCAACUAAAAACAACUGGACUAGAGUCUGACUCUGCAUCAUCAUCAAAUCAAGUUAGAACACCAAAAGAUAGAAGCCCUAAAGUCAUUGACCACCGGUCACACAGAAGCCCAGUGUCUGAGAAGAAGCGUCCAAGCAGAAUAUCUGAAUUGGAAUCUCAGAUUUCUCAGCUUCAGGAAGAUCUGAAAAAGGUAAAGGAUCAGCUAAGUUUAUCAGAAUCAUGGAAGACAGAAGCCCUGCAAGAUGCUGAGGAGUCCAAGAAACAACUUUUGGCUAUAUCUUCAAAGCUCGAAAAGUCACAGAAGCAACUUCAAGAACUGUCUGCCAUGGAGGGGGCUCGUGUUGUUGAGCUUCAGAAAAUCUCACAAGAACAGGAUAAAGCAUGGCAGGCAGAGCUUGAGGCUAUCCAGCAGCAGCACUCAGUUGACUUAUCUGCCUUGGGCUCUGCCUUGAGUGAAAUUCAACGGUUGAAGGUUCAGCUUGAGAUGGUAGCUGAAUCUGAAGCUGACCAAAGCAAGCAUGCAGAAUCAGCAGAUGUGGAGCUCCGGACGUUAAGAGCAAAUCUGAUGGAUACUCUUUCUCUUGUAGAGAACAUGAAAAACCAGCUAAGGGAUAGCAAAGACUCAGAGGCCCAUGCCCAAGCACUGGCUAGUGAAACUCUACUGCAAUUGGAAACUGCAAAGAAAUCUGUGGAGGCACUAAGAUCAGAUGGCUCAAGAGCUAUUGAAGCCUAUAACUCCAUUGCCUCAGAAUUAGACCAGUCGAGGGCACGUGUUAAAUUAUUGGAAGGACUUGUUAGAAAACUUGAGACAGACCUACAUAAUGCUAGUGGCAACCUUUAUCGAGAUUCUGCAGAUGGUCAUGAUACUGAGGAGGCCAUUGUUGAAAAUCAAAGGUCACAGGAAGCACACCAGCUUGAAGCAGAGCUUUUUUCUUUGAAGUCUGAGGUGGGGCAUUUGAGAUCUGCUCUAGAAGCCGCUGAGAUUAAAUGCCAUGAAGAGCAAAUUCACAGCACAGUGCAGAUAAGAAGUGCUUAUGAACUGGUGGAGCAGAUAAAAUCUGGAUCUAUGCUCAGAGAGGCUGAACUAGAGGCCGAACUCAAGCAAGCAAAAACUGAUAUUGAAGAGUUGAAGGCAGACCUUAUGGAUAAGGAAACUGAAUUACAAGGAAUUUCAGAGGAGAAUGAAGGUCUAAAUAUGAAGCUUAAGAACAGUUUAUCAACCCGAGGAGAAUCUGGACUAGAGAAUGAACUAAAAAAUUUGAGGGACACUGUUGCUGAAAUGAAGGCGAGAUUAACGGAUAAGGAGACAGAAUUGCAAAAUAUAUUGGAGGAAAAUGAGAUGUUGAAGGUGGAAAUCAGUAAAAGGGAAAUGGUUGGGAAUAAAGUGAAUAAUGAGGUGGUUGUAGAACUAGAAGCUGCAAGGGACGCAGAACGAGAAGCUCUCAUGAAGCUUGCCUUUGCGAUGGAGGAGGCAGAAAAGAGUAAUAAAAGGGUUGCGAGGGUGACUGAACAGCUUGAGGCAGCACAAGCAGCUAACUCUGAAAUGGAAGCAGAGUUGAGAAGACUAAAGGUGCAGUCUGACCAGUGGAGGAAGGCUACAGAGGCAGCUGUAGCUAUGCUUUCAGCAGGAAAUAAUGGGAAGUUCAUGGAGAGAACAGGAUCAUUGGAUAGCAACUACAAUCCUGUUACAGGAAAGAUUGGUUCACCCUACAAUGAAGAGAUGGAUGAUGAUCUUCUAAAGAAGAAAAAUGGAAAUAUGCUAAAGAAGAUUGGGGUCUUAUGGAAGAAGCCACAGAAAUAGAAUACCUGAGAUACCUCGGUCGAUUGCAAAAGCCAAAUCAUUUUAUUGAAGCAAAAAUUAGCACUCUUGUGAAGUUCCCAUCUGCAAUAGCUUAGUAUACGCUGGUUGAUUUCCUGUACCCUUAAACAUCAAAUUGCGGCUGUGAUUCUCCUGCAAGUAUGUUUAAAUUGGCCUAAGUAGUUCACAUUGGAACCGAGUGAUAUAUCAAAAAGAAAUGGAAAAACUUACACAUGUAUCUAUCUGCAACUCUGCUUGCAAGUAACUUACUAUGGAGUCAUUUUGUUUAAGCUAGUCCUGUCCUUGUUGACUUGCCUGCAAAUUCAUAAAUGAAUAGAAUCAGCUACUUUCUUUUGCUUCCGAUAAA